AACUAAAAGAUAACACACAAGAAAACAUGCAUUUUCCAAAGACAAAAUUGGAAAUCUUAUAAAUUAUGCUAUCUGACGAUUAAGAUUAAGGAUCUGUGUACAAUACGUCACAACCCCUCUCCCUAUUUGUAUUUGAAUUGUCAUUAGAGCUCAUUUUGACCCAAAUAAAAUAAAAAAUAUUUGAAAAUCCUACAUUGUUGCAAUAAAAUAAAAAAUAUUUCAUCGUUGAUAAAAAUUUGGCGCCAACGCCAGCCCGCGAGAUUCCAUAUAAAAGUUUUACCAUUAAUCAGAACUAGCAAAAAGUAGAAUUAGGAGAGAGAAAGAGGAGGAUGGAUUUCAGUUUAGCAGCGCUGAAGUUGAUGUGUGCACAACUGAAGCAAGCCAAACAGAUUCCUUCACAAUCUUCUUCAUCUUACACUUACAGUGGCAUCCUCUUCCAACGCGCAUGGGUACAAGGCCUUCUUAUCUCCGUUUCCGACUCUAAUGAGAUCGCCGAAGACGAUAACUGCUCUCGCUUUCUUCUCGAUGACGGUACAGGCGUUGUUGAAUUGUCACUCUCACAGGAAUACCUCAACCAAAAUCAUUGGCGUACUGGGAUGUAUGUAAUGGUGAUCGGAGGUUAUGUUGUUCGUGCCGGCGAAGUUCCACUUAUAAAGGUUCACAAGAUAGUUGAUCUUUCAGUGAAUCCUAAUAGAGAGGCAAUGUGGUAUCUUGAAGUCAUCGAAGCCUUCAAAUUGUUCUACCACCCUAUUAGUGAAGAUUGAUCGUGAAAUGAACUUUACAAGUCUCAAACUUCAGCUAUCAAAGUUGAUGUUUCUCUGAUUUCUACAGCUUAACAGAAUGUUAUGAUAACAAUUGCCCCUUUCCCCUUUUGUUGUUUGCUUCACGCUGGCUGUCUUAGUAGCAUCACCGGCUGUUAAUUUAGCCAGUUAUUGAUCUC